AAAAUUUGCCAGGGGAGUCAGAAAGAGGAGGGAGCAGGACGAGUUCGAUAUUCUCCGAACCACUGAGCGAACUCUAUACAGUCAAUGAAUCAAACACACCCGACGAUUCAGGAGGGGUGGGGGUGAUGCUCCCCUGGUCACGUGACCGUGUCUCAGCACGAGCAUCAUGGCUGCGGAGGACCUGCCCUCGGAGUUUGACGUUGUAAUCUUGGGCACAGGUUUGGCUGAGUCUGUGGUGGCAGCUGCCUGCUCCAGAGUGGGUCAGAGGGUCCUUCACCUGGACAGGAGGAGUUAUUAUGCAGCUAACUGGGCCAGCUUCACCUUCAACGCUCUGCUCACCUGGAUCCAGGAGCAGCAGGAGGGGCCUCAGCCAGAGCAAGGCAAGGAUUGGUCAAGCUUGUUAAAUGACGGGGAGGAGCUAAUUCACCUAUCAAAUCCAGACCUUGAUUCCAUCACUAACAUACAAGUGCUCUCUUACGCCAGUGAGGAAGAUGAAGAAGUUCCAGACACUGCCAAAGAAGAAACAUCUGCCAACAGCCAAUUAGAGGCGGAGUCUACAGGUUCAAGGGAGGAGGAGUCGGCUGAGGCAGAGGAGGAGUCGGCUGAGGCAGAGGCCACCAACACAAAGGGGGAGGAGCCUGAAGUGGACCAGUCGCAUCCCGGUGCAUCUUCCGGCCCAUCAGAACCAACCAGGAAGAAGAUUAGCUACGCCCAGUUACUUAAGGAAGGUCGCAGGUUCAACAUCGACCUGGUCUCCAAGCUGCUGUUCUCUCGUGGCUCGCUGGUCGACUUGCUCAUCAGGUCCAACGUCAGUCGCUACACAGAGUUCAAGAAUGUCACCAGGAUUCUCACAUAUCGCCAUGGCAACCUGCAGCAGGUACCCUGCAGUAGAGCGGAUGUCUUUGCCAGUCGUCAGCUGUCUGUGGUUGAAAAGAGGAAGCUGAUGCGGUUUCUAACUUCCUGUAUAGAGGAGACAGAGAUGGAUCAAGCAUACAGCAGUCAGCCAUAUUCAAAGUAUCUGCAAGACCAGCAGCUCGGGGAAAACCUGCAGCAUUUCUUACUUCAUUCUAUUGCCAUGGUAACGGAAGACACACCCACGGAGGCGGGUCUAGCCUCUACACGUCACUUUCUGCGCUCCCUGGGUCGUUACGGCAACAGUCCAUUUUUGUUCCCAGUGUACGGCCUCGGAGAAAUCCCUCAGUGUUUUUGCAGGAUGAGUGCAGUUUUUGGAGGAAUCUACUGCCUCAGGCACUCGGUCAGCUGCCUCAUCGUGGACAAGGACGCCAACAGGUGUAAAGCAGUGAUUGACAGUCGGGGACAGCGAAUCAGCUGCAGCCACUUUGUGGUGGAGGAUGGUUAUUUAGGCAGCAGGAGUAGUGUGACCACGCCCACCAGGCUGCUGAGCAGAGCCAUCCUCAUAACGGACUCCUCGGUUCUGCCUAGCGACUCAGAGCAGCAGGUUUCCAUGGUGACUAUUCCUCCUGGGGAGGUGUGCCAGUCAGCAGUGAAGAUGGUGGAGCUGUGCUCGUCCACAAUGACCUGCAUGCCAGGAACAUAUUUGGUCCACCUGACCUGUCAGUCGGUUGGCUCCGCCUUCGAGGACCUGUCCCAGCUGGUCACUAAGAUGUUCCAAACCCCAGAGUCACAGGAGCCAGGAGGGCGUCCGUCUGUCCUCUGGAGUCUGUACUUCAACAUGGCUGACGGCUCGGUGCCUGGGGUCGAAGGUCAGGGACUCCCAUCGAACGUGCACGUGUGUUCUGGUCCAGAAGGAAGUCUGGAUCAUGAACACAGCAUCAAACAGGCUGAGCUCAUCUUCCAGAGGAUUCUGCCCGACGAGGAGUUCUGUCCUCCAGCUCCGAACCCGGAGGAUAUCAUCUAUGACGGAGAGAGCCCCACCCCUUCAGCCGAGGAGGACUCGGUCAAGGAGGCGGGGCAACAGGAGGAAUCAGGAGGGGAUCUCAAGGAGGCGGGGCAACAGGAGGAAUCGGGAGGGGAUCUGAACCCUCAGCUGGAUCAGUGACCUGCAGAUAUUUGCCGUCUGUAAUUUGGGGCGAAUAAAGUUUGAAUGUCCCUUCUUUAGUGUCUACAUGACCAAAGAAAGAGCCUUCAUUACCCAGAAGUCAGAGGUGCUGGUUUUCCCUUUGAGACAAAGCCAUUAAAUCUAAUGAUGAAUCUGAAUUCAAUUCUUAGAACAUGUUUCUUUGUCAGUAAAGUAUCCUGUAAGAAACUAUUUCAAUGUCAGCUGUGACUUCAGCUCUUAGCCUCCAUUUCUAAAGAUCCACGGCUUCAUUUCACACUUAAGAGCGACGAAAAAAGCUCAGUUGACACCGACAGACUUUAACAAGCUUUUAUUGUGAAAGAGUAGGUCCCGCUCACAGACGCCGGCCGCGACGUCCUCCCUUCCUCCGGGUGGAGUCUGAGGGGAUGGGGGUGACGUCCUCUGAGGAAGACAAGAAGAUGAAGUUAGUUUCCGAGGUCCUGACAGAAGCUGAAAUAACUACGACCAUCCAAUCUGAUGCUGUUUGAUAAAUUGCCCAAUUCUGUUACAUCUGUCUAUGUCACUCUUAACGCAGCCCAAGGCGGUCUUCUCGGUCAUGUGAUAGGUUAUUGCUAAAAUGAAACCCAGGAGCUAGCAAAAUGAGUAAGAAACAAACGUCUUUGGAAGCUUUCUCUGCGAAGUGGUAAAGGCCCGCAAGGAGACAGAAGAGGAGCCUUCAACUUCUAAAAAAAUGAAAGCUACAAUUAAUAGGCAGUACUUCUUUUUUGCACCAUGAGCAUGGGAGUGGAUGAUGACACCUGAGCGAUGUUGUGCGUGUCAAAAUAAAAGCUUGGGGUUCUUGUCA